GUAUUAACAGAUAAAAUUUGUCAGACACCAAACUGCAAUGUUCCGUUGCUUCGUACCAAGGACAGAGUCACCUGGUUUUGCGUGGAUUGUGAAGAAAGACCCGGAGAACCGAAAGUUAAUGUGAAACAACAAACAACAAACGAUUUGGAACUGAGCUAUGAUGUUCAAGACAUUUUGCUAAAAGCAGAAGAGGUCAAUAGACAAGGAAAGGAUUCGUUGAACUCGCAAUUCUCAUCAAUCGUUUCGACUCCCAUUUCAGAAGAAACGAUCAGUGAUGAACAACGGUUACGAAGGGAACAAUCACAGCGUGCUUCACAAUCUAUUGGACGGUAUUUGUUAUCGGGAUGGGCUUUAAUUGAUGAGAUAUGUCCUAAUGGGUCGUGUUUUGCGGUACCAUUGGUUCGCGAUCGAAACAAGAGGAAAUAUUGCGUAAAUUGUCAGAAUUACUAUGUGAGAGAAACGGAUUUGGAUCUCGCAAAACACAAGAUCGUUCAGAGUGAUGUUUCGCAAUUAGAGUCGUUGCCGGCGGUGAACAAGCCAGCUACAAAACAUGAACUCAAGCAUGGAAUUGAUGUUAAAGAGGUUGAGGUAUGUGUUACUUUCUUCGAGGUAUUAGUUUACGGAAAACAAACGAGCGCGCCUACAUUGAAGUUUGAAAAUGCGAGGGAUGCUCAUGUAAGAAAUCAACCGUUAUCAAGUGAAGCCAGAUUGAAAGGUACCAGAUUGGAUGAUACGUUGCAAGAAUCAAUUUCUUCGUUGUCAUCAACGCUUGGAAUGUUGAAUAAUUGUUUAGAGGCUACAAGCAUGAUUUCAGAUGUUAAAGAGAUCUGUGAUGCGAUAAAGAGCUGUGCCCAAGCAUUGGAAGUUCUGCAUUCACUUCAAUUGGUCCGACUAUUCACAUUAAAUUAUACGGGUCUCAUGCUUGAGGUCGCCUUAUUUUUUAUCGAAUCAGUUAACGUGGCCAUGCCAAGGGUCCAUUCGCUGAGCGCGUCUAAAACGUCAAUUUAUUCAAAGAAAAGCGUUGCCAGAGAAAGACAUUUCCCUUACGUAAAAAUGACGUGUGAUGAGAAGAUAAUCAUUUAUAAUGACUGUAGCGUGAGGGAUUGA